AACAUCUUCGAGCUUCUUGGACACACAGCAUCCGAAAUCAGCUACACUCUCGAAAUCCAUCAAUCAACAACACGACUUUUACCAAAAACCACUUAUUCUUAUUCAUCCAACCACAAGCACCAUGCCGUCUUUUGCCGUCUACACUGGAGCCAAAGACGGACAUGUCAGACCUAGAAAUGCCGCCAAGCCUGACCAGCUCACUGGCGACCAGGUGUUUGUGCGGAUAACUGCCUCAGGAAUGUGCUUCACUGACGUUCACUAUAAAAAUGGAGAAACUGCUCUGGGCCAUGAAGGUGUCGGAGUUGUUGAGGAGACAGGUCCUGGAGUCACCUACCUCAAGAAGGGCGACAGAGUAGGCUGGGGAUACCAGACCGACAACUGUGGCCACUGUCUCGACUGCCUUCAGGGGCAAGAUAUUUUCUGCAAAGAGCGUGUUCUCUACGGUGACGCAGAGUCAAUUAACCGGGGCAGCUUUGCUUCUCACGCUCUCGUGCGAGAGGCCUUCCUCCACCCCAUUCCUGACGACUUGAGCGACGAGAAUGCCGCGCCUCUUCAGUGCGCCGGCGCGACUGUCUUUACUGCUCUGCACGAUGUUGAUUCCAACGAUACUGUCGGCAUCAUGGGCGUCGGCGGUCUUGGCCACAUUGCCAUCCAGUUUGCAGCCAAGCUUGGUUGCCGCGUUGUUGUUCUCUCCGGCUCUGAUAGCAAGAAGGCCGACGCUAUUAAGCUCGGUGCGCACAGAUUUGUCGCCAUGAACAACGGCAACAUUGAGCAGCAGCUCGGCGACUGGAGGAUCUCCCGUCUCUUGGUGACCACUUCCGCUCAGCCCUCUUGGGACAAGAUCCUGCCCCUUCUCUCCACUCGCGCUCGCAUCUACCCGCUUUCUGUCUCAUCCAGCAACCUGGAGAUCCCCUACAUGCCACUCAUCAUGAGCGGCAUCACCAUUCACGGCUCUCUCGUCGCUACUCGCGCUGUGCACCGCAAGAUGCUUGAGUUUGCUGCUCUCCACAAGAUUGCGCCUGUUAUUGAGAGGUUCGCCAUGACAGAGGAGGGAAUUAACAAGGCAUUUGAGCGCCUUGAGGCCGGCAAGGUCCAAUACAGAGUUGUUCUGCUGCCUUCUCAACAGUAA